AUGACACAUUAUUGUAUAUUAUUAGCGAUUGUCGCAUUGCUGGGACUAGCUGAUGUCGCCUCUGCGAUUACGGCGGCAUGCUUGCCAGCCAACUCAAGGAAGAAUGGGAUGAAUAUAAACUUUUACCAGUAUUCAUUAAUGGAUUCAUCAACGUAUUCAAAUGCAGCAUAUAUGGCUUAUCAAUAUGCAAACAAACAGAAAUUGGGCUCUGUUAGUGGACAGACGGAUAUAUCUAUCAACUAUAAUCUUCCCUGUGUUGCUAAGUCAGGUACGUAUGGGUGCCCUCAAGAAGACACUUACGGUAAUUGGGGAUGCAUGGGUAUAGGACGUUGCUCUAAUAGUCAAGCAGCUUCAUACUGGAGUACAGAUCUGUUCGGUUUCUAUACCACUCCAACAAAUGUCACUCUAGAAAUGACAGGUUACUUUCUACCACCACAGACGGGUUCAUACACGUUCUCUUUUGCUACGGUAGAUGAUUCGGCAAUCUUGUCAAUCGGUGGAGAUGUUGCAUUCGAAUGUUGUGCACAAGAACAGCCACCUAUCACAUCAACUAAUUUUACGAUUAACGGUAUCAAGCCAUGGCAUGGAAGUUUGCCGGAUAACAUCGAAGGGACUGUAUAUAUGUAUGCUGGGUUCUACUAUCCAAUGAAGGUUGUCUACUCAAAUGCUGUUUCCUGGGGUACUCUUCCAAUUAGUGUGGCACUGCCCGAUGGCACUACAGUUAGUGAUGACUUUGAAGGGUAUGUCUACUCCUUUGACAACAACCUAAGUCAAACGAAUUGUACCGUCUCAGACCCUUCAAAUUUUACUGUCAGUACCACUACAACUACAACAGAAGCAUGGACAGGGACAUUUACAAGCACAUCCACUGAGAUGACCACCAUCACUGGUACAAAUGGUUUGCCCACUGACGAAACCAUCAUUGUCAUUCGAACACCAACAACUGCUAGUACCAUCACAACUACAACAGAACCAUGGAAUAGUACCUACACUAGUACAUCCACUGAGAUGACCACCAUCACUGGUACAAACGGUUUACCCACUGACGAAACCAUCAUUGUCAUUCGAACACCAACAACUGCUAGUACCAUCACAACGACAACAGAACCAUGGACAGAGACAUUUACAAGCACAUCCACUGAGAUGACCACCAUCACUGGUACAAAUGGUUUGCCCACUGACGAAACCAUCAUCAUCAUCAAAACACCAACAACUGCUAGUACCAUCACAACGACAACAGAACCAUGGACAGAGACAUUUACAAGCACAUCCACUGAGAUGACCACCAUCACUGGUACAAAUGGUUUGCCCACUGACGAAACCAUCAUUGUAAUCAAAACUCCAACAACUGCUAGUACCAUCACAACUACAACAGAACCAUGGAAUAGUACCUACACUAGUACAUCCACUGAGAUGACCACCAUCACUGGUACAAAUGGUUUGCCCACUGACGAAACCAUCAUUGUCAUUCGAACACCAACAACUGCUAGUACCAUCAUAACUACAACAGAACCAUGGAAUAGUACCUACACUAGUACAUCCACUGAGAUGACCACCAUCACUGGUACAAAUGGUUUGCCCACUGACGAAACCAUCAUUGUCAUUCGAACACCAACAACUGCUAGUACCAUCACAACUACAACAGAACCAUGGAAUAGUACCUACACUAGUACAUCCACUGAAUUGACCACCAUCACUGGCACAAAUGGUUUGCCCACUGACGAAACCAUCAUCAUCAUCAAAACACCAACAACUGCUAGUACCAUCACAACGACAACAGAACCAUGGACAGAGACAUUUACAAGCACAUCCACUGAGAUGACCACCAUCACUGGUACAAAUGGUUUUCCCACUGACGAAACCAUCAUUGUCAUUCGAACACCAACAACUGCUAGUACCAUCACAACUACAACAGAACCAUGGAAUAGUACCUACACUAGUACAUCCACUGAGAUGACCACCAUCACUGGUACAAAUGGUUUGCCCACUGACGAAACCAUCAUCAUCAUCAAAACACCAACAACUGCUAGUACCAUCACAACUACAACAGAACCAUGGAAUAGUGCCUACACUAGUACAUCCACUGAGAUGACCACCAUCACUGGUACAAAUGGUUUGCCCACUGACGAAACCAUCAUUGUAAUCAAAACUCCAACAACUGCUAGUACCAUCACAACUACAACAGAACCAUGGAAUAGUACCUACACUAGUACAUCCACUGAGAUGACCACCAUCACUGGUACAAAUGGUUUGCCCACUGACGAAACCAUCAUUGUCAUUCGAACACCAACAACUGCUAGUACCAUCACAACUACAACAGAACCAUGGAAUAGUGCCUACACUAGUACAUCCACUGAAUUGACCACCAUCACUGGUACAAAUGGUUUUCCCACUGACGAAACCAUCAUUGUCAUUCGAACACCAACAACUGCUAGUACCAUCAUAACUACAACAGAACCAUGGAAUAGUACCUACACUAGUACAUCCACUGAAUUGACCACCAUCACUGGCACAAAUGGUUUGCCCACUGACGAAACCAUCAUUGUAAUCAAAACUCCAACAACUGCUAGUACCAUCACAACGACAACAGAACCAUGGACAGGAACUUUCACCACCACAUCCACUGAAUUGACCACUGUCACUGGUACCAACGGUGUUCCAACUGAUGAAACUGUCAUUGUUAUCAGAACCCCAACCAGUGAAGGUCUAAUCAGCACCACCACUGAACCAUGGACUGGUACUUUCACCACCACGUCUACUGAAAUGACCACUGUCACUGGUACUAACGGUGUUCCAACUGACGAAACCGUCAUUGUCAUCAGAACUCCAACCAGUGAAGGUUUGAUUACUACCACCACUGAACCAUGGACAGGAACUUUCACCGCCACAUCCACUGAAUUGACCACUGUCACUGGUACCAACGGUGUUCCAACUGAUGAAACUGUCAUUGUUAUCAGAACUCCAACCAGCGGUGGCUCAUCCAGUGUUCCAUCAUCUGAUCCACCAGCUGCAACAAAUUCAUCUAGUAUCGCGUCAUCUAGCAUCGCAGGCUUACUCACGAGCACUACAGAGUCAUGGACAGGAACUUUCACCACCACAUCCACUGAAUUGACCACUGUCACUGGUACCAACGGUGUUCCAACUGAUGAAACUGUCAUUGUUAUCAGAACUCCAACCAGCGGUGGCUCAUCCAGUGUUCCAUCAUCUGAUCCACCAGCUGCAACGAAUUCAUCUAGUAUCGCGUCAUCUAGCAUCGCAGGCUUACUCACGAGCACUACAGAGUCAUGGACAGGAACUUUCACCACCACAUCCACUGAAUUGACCACUGUCACUGGUACCAACGGUGUUCCAACUGAUGAAACUGUCAUUGUUAUCAGAACCCCAACCAGUGAAGGUCUAAUCAGCACCACCACUGAACCAUGGACUGGUAUUUUCACCACCACGUCUACUGAAAUGACCACUGUCACUGGUACUAACGGUGUUCCAACUGACGAAACCGUCAUUGUCAUCAGAACUCCAACCAGUGAAGGUUUGAUUACUACCACCACUGAACCAUGGACUGGUACUUUCAUCACUACAUCUACUGAAAUGACCACUGUCACCGGUACUAACGGUGUUCCAACCGACGAAACUGUCAUUGUUAUCAGAACACCACGCAGUGCCAGCUCAUCCAGUGUUUCAUCGUCUACAUCUUCAGGACGGAUCACCAGCUUUGGCACAUCUUCGCAUCCAAUUAUUACCCCCUUGUAUCCUAGCAACGGAACUUCAGUCAUUUCUUCCUCAGUCAUUUCUUCCUCAGUCAUUUCUUCCUCAGUCAUUUCUUCCUCAGUCACUUCUUCUUCUGUAACGACUUCCACUUCUAUAUUCUCUGAAUCAUCUGCAUCAUCUGUCAUUCCAACCACUAGCUCCACCUCUUAUUUUUCUGAGAGCGAAACGAGUUCAACUGGUUCUUCUACCAGCUAUUCUAAGGACCGCGAACCUAGUUCUGUUUCUACUCCCUCUUCUAUGUCUUCUGAAUCACCAAAGUCUUCUACAUAUUCGUCUUCGUCAUUACCACCUGUCACCACCACAACGACAAGCGAGCAAACUACCUUGGUCACCGUGACAUCCUGCGAAUCCCAGGUAUGCACUGAGUCCAUAUCCUCUGCCAUUGUUUCCACGGCAACCAUUACUGUUAGCGGCGUCACAACAGAAUAUACCACAUGGUGUCCUAUUUCUACCACAAAGACAACAAAGCAAACCACAGAGACAACACAACAAACUACUGUAGUUACCGUUUCUUCUUGUGAAUCUGGCAUAUGCUCUGAAACUGCUUCUCCAGCCAUUGUGUCCACAACCACAGCCACUAUUAACGGCGCUACCACAGAAUACACGACAUGGUGUCCUAUUUCCACCACAGAAUCUAAGCAACAAACUACGCUAGUUACUGUUACUUCUUGUGAGUCUGGUGUGUGUUCCGAAACUGCCUCCCCUGCUAUUGUUUCUACAGCCACGGCUACCGUGAACGAUGUCGUUACAGUCUAUCCUACAUGGAGCCCACAGACUACAAAUGAAGGAUCUGUCAGCUCUAAAAGUAUUAAUGCUGCCAGUGAGACUACUACCAUUUCAGAGGCGGCUAAGACAAAAACAGUAGGUACCUCUUCGCUUUCAAGAUCUGGUUAUGCCGAAACAUACACGGCUUCCGCAACCAGUGUGAUUGUUUCUGUAUCCGAAUCUGCCAACACCAAAGGUCUAACAACUUCCGGGUUGAGCACUCUGUCGCAACAACCUCGUAAUACCCCCACAAAUAACAUGGUAGGAUCUAGUACCGCCUCCAUAGAAAUAUCAACCUACGUUGGCAUUGCUAAUAGUCUAUUGGCCAAUAAUGGUGUAAGCGUUUUUAUCUCCACCAUAUUGCUGGCAAUCGUAUGGUAA